CUUGUUCUGCUCUUCAAGUCAAAUGUCACCUUGACUCAAGUCCAGUAUUGGAAGCCUGCGGGGAACUGCAACACAUCAGCCCGGCACAAUGUAUCCAUCAAACUGGAAGGAAGCCCAAAACCAAAACUCCCCUGGCCAAAAUGCAUCCUCUGCAGAAACCCCAAGUACCUCCUAAGCCUGUCCAUCUCAAACCUGGGCAGGAAAGAAUUCCUCCUGCACCUUCUCGGCCUUUGCCAGCUGAUCCCAAGUUGUCGAGGAGCUUAGCACCUGGAGAGGAAGAAAUACCAAUAUCAUCAGGAGUCAACACACUCAUUGAGAAAUUUGAAAGUAUUAGGCAACCUGUACAUAUUCUUCAAAGAAACCAGCUAAAUUUAGCUCUGAAGAUGGAACCUGGCCUGGACUCAUCCAAACAACCGAGCUCAUGUGACUGUGACGUGGUGGCUUCCAGCAGCUCUUCCACAAAUGAAAAAAGUGAACUGGAUGAAAACAAGCCAGAUGUACCAUGCAGCACAGAUCUAUCUAACAUAGACAUAUUGAAAAUUAAAGAGCUAAGCAUAGGCGAUAACAAAAGCCAUGAAGACUGUACUGCUGUGACUAUGAGCAAAGAGCCCUCUGGAGAGCUUGGCAAUAAAGACUCAACUGCAGAACUGAAUGGUAAUGGUAAAAUACCCAACAGAGACAGUGGCAUUGACAGUCCUUCAUGUAGCGUGGCAGGUGAAACCUUCCCCAGCGAAGAAGGUGCAGAGCAGAAGAAGCCCAGCGUGGCUGGGAACCCAGGGGAGAUGGAACCUGACAAAAAGGGCAUCAAGCCUUCCUCUGCAGAGCAGAAGAGAGACUCCACACAGGAUGAAGACAGUGACAUUGAUGAAGGAAGCAGCGAGGAGCAAGAGACAGCAGAAGUGCCAAAGUUAGAGUAUUUGGAUGUAAACAAGUGUACAGAGCCCCAAAAGCUAUUCAACAUUGCAAAUGAACUGCUCCAUACAGAAGAAGCAUACGUUAAAAGACUCCAUCUGUUGGACCAGGUUUUUUGCACUAAGUUGUCAGAAGCAGGUAUUUCAUCUGAAGUGAUAACAGGCAUCUUUUCAAAUAUUUCUUCCAUCUAUUGUUUCCAUGGACAAUUUCUUCUUCCUGAGCUCAAAACAAGAAUUACACAAGAAUGGAACGUCAACCCACGGCUAGGAGAUAUCCUACAGAAACUUGCCCCUUUUCUGAAGAUGUAUGGAGAAUAUGUAAAGAACUUUGACAGGGCAAUGGACAUGGUGAACACAUGUAUGCAGAGGUCCUCUCCAUUCAAAGAUGUUGUUCAGAACAUACAG